AUGGACGAUUAUCACGUGAAUACGGCCUUCUCAAUGGGCAAACGUAACCAACAGAAUGAUGACAAUAGUGAAAGUAAUAGUGUACACACACAACCAAGCACUAUGGCACCUGCAACGCUGAGGAUGAUGGGGAAGAGUCCACAACAGCAGCAGCAUAUACCUUUAAUGCCACCAGCAGAUAUCAAGAAUUUAAACAAUGGUAAUUCUUAUCAAGCAGAGCAAAAGGAGAGACAAUCAGUACUUGAAAGUAGACCUAGAGAAAACUCAUCAAAGUCAAAUACCACUAGCCAAAGUCGAGUUCCUUCUUCUCAGGGUAUGCCUAAGCAAUUCCAUAGAAAAUCAUUGGGAGAUUGGGAGUUUGUCGAAACAGUGGGCGCAGGUUCUAUGGGUAAGGUAAAACUGGCAAAGCAUCGCUAUACUAAUGAGGUAUGUGCGGUAAAAAUUGUAAACCGAGCUACAAAGGCUUUUUUGCACAAGGAACAGAUGUUGCCUCCACCGAAAAAUGAACAAGAUGUGCUGGAAAGACAGAAAAAAUUGGAAAAGGAGAUAUCUAGGGAUAAAAGAACUAUUCGGGAAGCAUCUUUGGGUCAAGUCUUGUAUCAUCCGCAUAUAUGUAGGCUUUUUGAAAUGUGCACUUUGUCGAACCAUUUCUAUAUGUUGUUUGAAUACGUUUCAGGUGGUCAACUGUUAGAUUAUAUCAUCCAACAUGGAUCGAUACGAGAACACCAAGCAAGAAAGUUUGCUAGAGGCAUUGCAAGUGCCUUAAUGUAUUUACAUGCUAAUAAUAUCGUUCACAGGGAUCUGAAAAUAGAAAACAUCAUGAUUUCAGAUUCUAGCGAAAUCAAAAUAAUUGAUUUUGGGUUGUCCAAUCUUUAUGAUUCUAGAAAGCAACUGCACACUUUCUGUGGGUCUUUAUACUUUGCUGCGCCUGAAUUAUUGAAAGCUCAUCCUUAUACAGGACCUGAAGUAGAUGUCUGGUCAUUUGGUGUAGUUUUAUUUGUUUUGGUAUGCGGGAAAGUUCCAUUUGAUGACGAAAAUUCGAGCGUUUUGCAUGAAAAGAUUAAGCAAGGUAAGGUUGAAUAUCCUCAACAUUUAUCUAUCGAGGUAAUAUCACUGCUAUCUAAAAUGUUGGUGGUAGAUCCAAAAAGAAGAGCGACACUCAAACAAGUUGUAGAGCACCAUUGGAUGGUGAGAGGCUUUAAUGCUCCCCCUCCUUCUUACUUGCCGAAAAGAGUUCCACUGACUAUCGAGACGCUUAAUACGAAUGUCUUGAAAGAGAUGUACCGUUUGGAAUUCAUUGAUGAUGUGGAAGAAACAAGAAGUGUUUUGGUCAGUAUAAUCUCAGAUCCUACUUACGUUCUUCUUUCUAGACAAUACUGGACUUUAGUAGCAAAGGCCAGGGCAGAAUCCAGUGACAAUGAAAGUGUUCCUAAUAUAACGGAAAGUUUUGAAGAUCCAACAAGGGCGUACCAUCCAAUGAUUUCCAUAUACUAUUUGACCUCUGAAAUGCUCAACAGAAAGCACGCAAAAGCCCAGAAUCAACAACAGCGACAGAGUUAUGAGAAUACAGAAAAGUUUUCUCAGAUACCGGAAAAUUCAAAACAAAACGAUAUCAAGGUUAAUAAAACUGUUAUAAAAUCAGAGCCAGAAGCUACGCACCCAACACCACCUAGGAAAGAUACAGCUACACCUUUGACUCCAAAAAAUGUUAAUAAUGCAGAACCUGUCUUACAUGUGAUGAUUCCACCAAAAUUAGCAAUGCCAGAACAAGCUCAUACGUCACCGACGAGUAGGAAAAGUUCUGAUAAUCAACACCAUGAAGUGGAAUAUGCCCUAUCACCAACUCCUCAGGGAAAUGAUUAUCAGCAAUUCAGAGUACCUUCGAAUACAAGUGAAUCUUCAGAAAAAGCGAAAUUUGGGAAUAUAUUUAGAAAGUUAUCUCAACGCCGUAAAAAGACUAUUGAACAACCAUCCGUCAAUAGUAAUAAUAGUUUCAAUAAGCCCGUACAAAAGACACAUUCACGUGCUGUUUCGGAUUUUGUUCCAGGUUUUUCUAAGCCAAAUUACGAUUCAAAUUAUAUUUCUAUCACUGAGCCUGUUAAGAGUAAUGAUAGCAAAAGUAGCAAUAAGGGAGAUUUCCCGGCACUACCUGUCAAUGCAGAAAAUAUGCUAGAGAAGCAAAGAGAAAAGCAAAUGGAGGAAGACGUUAUGAAAUUGCGUGAUAUUAACAAACAGGAUAAUGAAGUUGAGAAAGGAAGUGAACGGGAGAAUUAUGCUGUGCAAAAAUUUGAAGGAAGCGACGAUGACGAGAAUCACCCUUUACCACCACUCAACGUUGCAAAAGGUCGAAAACUACACCCAAGUGCAAGGGCUAAAUCUGUUGGUCACGCUCGCCGUGAAUCGCUAAAAUACAUGAGGCCCCCAGUGCCUACCUCUGCCUAUCCUCAGCAGGAGCUCAUAGAUACUGGAUUCUUGGAGUCUAGCGACGACAAUAAGUCUGAUAGUUUAGGAAAUAUUACUUCGCAUACAAAUGAUAGCACCAGUGUACAUUCCAUGAACGUGCACAUAACUUCUCCUUCAAUAGAAAAGGAACUGACGGAUGAACAGAUUUUACAAGAGGCUUCGAAAGCUCCUGCAGGUUCAAUGCCGUCGAUUGAUUUUCCUCGUUCCUUAUUUUUGAAAGGUUUCUUUUCUGUCCAAACAACCUCAUCGAAGCCUUUACCAAUUGUCAGAUACAAAAUCAUGUUUGUACUGAAAAAAAUGCAUAUAGAUUUCAAGGAAGUUAAGGGUGGGUUCAUUUGUAUACAAAGGUUUUUCUCUAGUAAUGCGGAAGCAAAGAGAGAAGAGACUCCAAGGUCCAUCAUGCCGGUUUCAUAUCAUGGCUCUGUCAGGCGUCAAGGAUCUAAUAAAUAUUCACCCUCCUCUCCUUUAACGACUAAUUCUACUCACCAAAGGAAGUCAUCUAUUACUGAGACCUAUACAGACGAUAAGCACUCCGGAACUUCAUUGGAGAAUAUUCGCCAACAAAGUGAUGAAAGCGAAAGCAUGGCGACAAGAGAGAAAGAACCCAUCAAAUUUGAAAUCCAUAUUGUCAAGGUACGUAUUGUUGGUUUAGCCGGUGUGCAUUUUAAGAAAAUUUCUGGGAACACUUGGAUGUAUAAAGAACUGGCUUCUAGUAUAUUAAAAGAACUAAACUUAUAG